GCAUAGAGUAACUAGUAAGUAGAACCUACUGGGAACUCUCUCUAUCUAAUGGGUCACGAGUCACAGCGUCAUUAAAUGACAUUGGCGUGAACCAAAUCACAAGGGACAUCACACCAGGGUGGGAUUCCCAUUCCAUUUCUUUUUCGUCCCGCUGAAAUACAACGCACGCACCUCCACUUCUUCUUAAAUACCUCAAACCAUAAGCUUCUUUUUCUUCUCUCUCUCUCUCUCUCUUCAGGUAGGGAACUAGUAAAUUUGGCAGCAACAUGUUCCUUCUUAGAAGGCAAAGCCAGAAUCAGCAGGAGAAUGAUUCCUCGUAUCAAGAUACAAAGGUGGCUGAACUCAGAGCUGCUCUUGGGCCCCUCUCUGGUCGUCGAUUGAAGUAUUGCACAGAUGCAUGUCUGAGGCGAUAUUUAGAAGCAAGGAACUGGAAUGUUGAUAAAGCCAAGAAAAUGCUGGAGGAAACACUCAAGUGGAGGUCAACUUAUAAGCCAGAGGAAAUCCAAUGGGCUGAAGUAGCACAUGAGGGUGAGACGGGCAAAGUCUCAAGAGCUAACUUUCAUGAUCGACUUGGGAGGACUGUGCUUAUUAUGAGGCCAGGGAUGCAGAACACGGCAUCAGCUGAAAAUAAUAUCAGGCAUUUAGUCUAUCUGUUGGAAAAUGCUGUCCUAAAUCUUUCUGAAGGUCAAGAACAAAUGUCAUGGUUGAUAGACUUCACAGGAUUUACGCUUAAUACAAACGUUUCUAUUAAAACAGCUCGUGAUAUUGUUUACAUAUUACAAAACCACUAUCCAGAAAGGCUUGCUAUUGCCUUUCUGUACAAUCCUCCUAGAAUAUUUCAGGCUUUCUGGAAGGCCAUCAAAUACUUCCUGGAUCCCAAGACAGUCCAGAAGGUCAAGUUUGUUUAUCCUAAUAACAAGGAAAGUGUGGAGCUGAUGAAAUCACUCUUCGACCUAGAUAACCUUCCAAGUGAAUUUGGGGGAAAAGCAACUUUAAAGUAUGACCAUGAAGAGUUCUCACAGUUGAUGGCUGAGGAUGAUGUGAAAACUGCCAAGUUCUGGGGACUUGAUGAGAAGCCCAUCAAUACUAAGAAAGGGCAUUCUGUGGCAGAGGUGGCACCGGAACCUGUAGCUGUUCAGCCAGUUAGUUGAAUAAGCUUUCAUAUUGUGGUCGUUUAUGAACUAAAGUAACUACACAUCCAAAGUCGGAAUGAACCAACAAUUUAGUGGCUAAUUUAAGGAGGUGAAUAAGCGGUAUUUUGAAUCUUUCAACUUUUAACCAAUGCAGUCAAGGCAUUUUUAUCAUUAUCGC